AUGAAAAGCAAUACGGUUGAUUCUUGUAUCGCAAGUGAUGAUUCUGACGAUAUAAACUGUGAACGUAAAGCGAACUUUGAUAUAUAUGCAGGUCUUGUGGUAUUUGGAACUCAAGAGAUUAUUUUGGUGGUUCUUGGUCUUCUUGUAUGGUUUUGUGCAAAACGAAUUUCAAAGAAACCAAUAAAUAAAGAAAAACGUAAAUCAGAAAGGAAGGAGACUAAAGAAAUUGACAUGGAGGUUCAGGAGACUCAUGUGGCAGAUGCUGCAUCUACAUUGUCUAUUGAUGUCUUAGAAAAAAGACAAUAUAUGGAUCAGGAAAGUUUAAUAGCGAAUCCCCCUUCUCCAUUUAUCCGUAGACCAACACAAUCUCAGAGACAAGAAAAUCAAAUACCUAAUGAAACUACGCCAGAAUAUAACCGUACACCAGGAAAUUCAAGGAUUCAAGAAAAUCAGGGCAAUUUAAGAAUACAAGAAAAUCAGGGCAAUUUAAGAAUACAAGAAAAUCAGGGCAAUUUAAGAAUGCAAGAAAAUCAAGGAAACUCAAGGAUUACUCAAAGUACACAGGG